CGUAUCUAAAAAUGCCACACACAAAGCGCACAUCGGAGAAAAAACCCAAUCCAGAGGAUAUGCCAGAGUCUAUCAUAUAUCAGCAUCCCCAAAUGGACGAGGAAUUCAUACACGGCCAAUCAACGGUCGAUGAUGUGCUGCAGUUUAUGGAAGCCAUUGCCGAUGCCAACAAAGCGGAUGCCGCCACUUCCAAGGAGAAAAAAAACUAUAGUGAAAAACUGACAGAUGAAAACUAUGUGGUCACAAGUCGUUCGUUUUAUGGCAGCAGCUAUAAGCGCAGCAGAUCAAAGACCAAAGUCACGGCCAACACCAAUCAGUUUACGUUUAUGCGUCAAGUCGAUCUGGAUCUAAAGAGCCGCCAGCUGGCGCGUAUCGAACGGGAGCGUGUGGCCGACAAUUUUCGACGUUUGGGUAAUCAUGAGUAUCGCAAGGAGAACUACGAAAUGGCCAUUCAGCAGUACACCAGAGGUCUUGCCACCAUCAAUGAUACCCCUGUGCUCUAUGUGAAUCGUGCGCUGUGCUACAUCAAACGUCGUGAGUUUAAGCGUGCCAUCAUGGAUUGUGAUUAUAUUUUAACCUAUUUGGAUCCGAAAUAUCUGCGUGCCUGGCUGUACAAGGCAGCCGCCCAUAAGCGCUUGAACGAUGAGAGUCAUUACCAAUUGAGUGUCUAUAUGGCCAGGCGUUCGAAUCACAACGAAGAUGAAUUUAUUAACAACUUUUUGGACAAGAUGCGAUCGCACCUUUGAGCGAGAGAGCAUCA